UACCCCCUCUGUAAUGGCGUCCACUCUGUAAAAAUGUAUCAAGCGGAAUGUCGAGUCGUACUGUGUUUUUGACAAUUUAGUUAUAACAAAUUAAUGCCGAGGUGUGCGGCGAUGAGUGUAUGGAUGUCAGAAAUAUUUUAAGAAGGUUGGUCAGGUGGUUUUUGUAUAAUUAAAUCAAGAAGUACCAUUUUUUUCACGUUCGGCUGUUACGAAAUGGUCUCAAUCCUCAAAAUAGUGUUUUUCAACUGUUUUUGUGCAUUUUUUGCGAGUACUGCAGCAUCUAGGGUUAUAGAACUCAGUGACAAAUUCACUGACAUUUACAAGGAGGGGCAAUGGCUCGUGAUGAUGUAUGCACCUUGGUGUGCGCACUGCAAGAGACUAGAUCCAAUUUGGGCUCAUGUGGCUCAGAAUCUCCAUGCGAGCAAUAUUCGAGUUGGCCGAGUUGACUGCACAAGGUUCACUGCUGUUGCUCAACAUUUUAAAAUACGGGGUUUUCCUACGAUUUUAUUUUUGAAAGGAGAGCAGAAAUUUAUAUACAAUGGUGAUCGCACGCGAGAAGAAAUCGUCAAAUUCUCCCUUCGCCUUACCGGUCCUCCAGUGCAAGAGAUCACAAAAACUGAGAGUUUCGACAUGAUAAAAAGCUCUCAAGGCUUAUAUUUCUUAUAUGUGGGGGAACGAUCGGGUCACCUGUGGGACAUAUAUCACAGGACGGCGGAUACCUUUCAGCCUCAUGCAUUUUUCUAUCAAACUCAUCCUGCGGUUGUGGACAAGCACGCCCCCGUGGAAAAGGUUCCUUCGAUCUUCGUCUACAAGGAAACUGUUCAUUACAAUUUCACCGGCUACAAUCACAGUGACCUCGAGAAGCUCAAUGCCACAGUGUACAAUUGGGUGAAUGCAGAACGUUUCUCUACGUUUCCAAAAGUCACUCGAGGGAACAUAAACCAAUUAUUUCUAACAAAUAAGUAUUUAGUGCUGGCAGUUGUAGAGGAAAAUGCAGUUGAAGAUGUAUCUCCAGAUAUGCUGGAGUUUCGUGAGAUGGUUGAAUCUAUAAUAAGGAUAAAACGAGAGAGAUAUCACGAUCACUUUCAGUUUGGCUGGAUCGCCAAUCAGGAGCUGGUGAACAGUAUCGCAAUGAUGGAAAUGCCAAAGCCAGGUUUAAUCGUCAUUAACACCAGUACAACUCAUCACCAUAUACCAGACGAUGAUGCAAACAAAUUAACUGCACAUGCCAUUGAAAUGUUCUUAGAGAAUAUAAGAAAUGAGACGGCUCCGAGAUAUGGGGGCAACGGGAUCCUAGUCCAGGUCUACAGAUCGUGGUUCGAGAUGAGAACAACACUGGGUUCGAUGUGGAAGGGGAAUCCUAUAUUGACGAUUGUUCUUUUUGGACUUCCAGCUCUGUUUUUCUCGUUGAUUUGUUACGGAGUCUGCUGCCCGGAUAUUCUCGAUGCUGGGGAUGAGGAAGAAGAGGAGGAGGAAGACAGUAGUCACAUGAAGAAGGAUUAAGAGGGUUAGAAAUUGGAGUUUUUGAUUUUUUCCUUAGAACGAUCUCAAUGACAAUACUGAGGAUUGAGUAGCGGAGUGGUAUAAAAGUGUAUGGUAUUGGGAAUAAAACCUGUGUGAGGUUUUCCAUAGCAAGUGUGUCAAUGGGAGGCCUUCACUGUUUUAAAAAUGAAUAGCGUUUUGCUUACGGUUGAGAACCGUAAGUCAAAAUUUAGUCACGUGUGGUUUUCCUGAUAGGUUUUAAAAUAAUUUCUCAUAAUCAAAACGAAUGCUUUGAGCAAUCUUCCAAUUCAGUUUCGUCCUAGAUAUAUUUAAUAUUUAAUUUUAUUUUAAUUGGCUGUUGCUCGUAAGACGUUAUUUGAUGAAAAUAGUGUUGGAAAAUUGCCUCAGACAGCCUUCAGUAAUUUGACAGACAGUCAAAUGCUAUUAAAUAAAUUUUGGGUCGAUGACUCAACGUUUUUAAUUUUCUUAGUUUCGGAGAUUAUGGUUUCCUUUAAUCUCCUAAUACACCUCUAAUACUUUUAACCCACUGCCCAACGUACUUUUCAUUCAAUUUAACUUGAUAUGGAAUACCUCAUGCUGUGCAUCAUGAGAAUGGCGGGUUUCAAGAGAUAAUGCGAAUCUCUUAUGAUUUUUUCGCUCCAAAAAUCAUUCAUUACGCAGAUAAUUUCAAGGCACAUUGACUUGAACUUUCUACAACCCUCUUACUGUAUUGAUGCCCUUUUUUUUGCUUCACAAUGGAAUAAAAUUUCCUUUGCAUUUUUUUGAAGACAUUAAGAAAUCGUGAAACUGUAUGAAUGUGAAUUAUUGAAAUAUUUAUCUAAUAUAUUUGUUUCUCUUUGCGAGUAUUUAUGCAUUCCACUUGAGUCUAUCUGCAUGUCUUCGACGACUAGAAUUGGUCGACUCCAUUAGAUUUAAAUUUUCAUAAGAAUUGAGUAUAUGUUUCAUUGGAAAAAUAAGUCUAUAAAAGUUGUGAUUGAAAAAGAUUCGUUUAUGGUUAGAGUAUUUGUAUCUUUAUCGAUUUGUAAUUUGUGACGUGAAUUGAGUAAUUGAAAUUUAAUAAAAGGAAGAAAUAAUAUAA